ACAGCAUCCCUCUGUCUAUCAGGGAGGUUACCCCAUCAAAAAGUGAGCUAAAAUUUGUCUGGCAAGGUUUGUUCUUGACAAUCCCUGUUGGCCUCUAGCUGUUACUACACUGUUUUGUAGGUGCUUGCACAGUGACUGCUUUACUAUCUGUUCCAGAAUUUUCCCUGGGAUUGAUGUUAGGCUGACUGGUCUAUAGUUCCCCAGUUCCUCCUUUUGCCCUUUUGCAAGACAGGGACAACGUUAGUCUUCUGGCACUUAGCUCCUGCUCUCGGAGGAAGAAUUCCCCCCCCCCCAAUGUUACUCUAAAUCCCAUUUGCCAUUUGAACUCAUUGGACUUUUGCAUUCUUGGUGAGCAGGGUUGGACUAACUGCAGCUGUCCAGAUGUUGCUGGUCUGUAACCCCCCUCAUCUUUCAGCUGGGAGUUUGCAGAUCGACAGGAGCUGCAGGGGAAGGGGACGGGGAGGCCACUCCAGCUCUGGCAACACGGGAGACAAAUCUGCUUCAUCAUCUCCUGCAUCUCCGAAACGGACUUGCAGACGACGACCACGUCACCUCUCCCUCGUCUCUUCCCGCCAACUGUGUAAGAAACUGAUUAAAACGUCGUCCUCUCAAAGGCGGUGAUCCGCCCCCGCUGCCCCGAUUUUCUGCUUUGCCCUCGGUUUUUUUUUCCUGCCGUAAACCAAGCCCGAUCCCUUUUUAAAAAACAAGAUCGAGAGAGAGACCGAGAACGCGAGAGCGAUUGCGCCCGGCCAUAUGAACUGGGCAGGCGGAAGCCGCGGGGUUAGUCGCUUUUCCACCAAUCCCGGUGGGAGGAAGGCCGGGCAGGCUCGGCGGCUCCCCCGCGAAGGGCGAGGGAAGGGCCCUGAUCCCGUGCGCCUCCUCGGGGGCUGGGCCGGCGCCGAGGGAGGUCCAGGCCCGGAGGGAUGCUGAGGGGCGCCUUCUCGACCCGAUGGCUGAGGCAAACAACCCAGACGGCCAGGCUGUGGACGCGGAUGGCCCCGAGCGGGAGCCCAGCGCCGGCCCGGAAGCUCCAGCCGGCAGCGGCGACGGCGAUCCCGGGGCUCCCCCUCUGAGUGCCACAAGUGGAUAUGCAGGUCGCAAUUUGAAGGAGUGGUUGAAGGAGCAGUUCUGUGACCAUCCCCUUGAGCACUGUGAAGACACCAGGCUGCACGAUGCUGCUUAUGUGGGGGACCUGCAGACUCUUAGAAGCCUGUUACAGGAAGAGAGCUUCCAGAGCCGCAUCAAUGAGAAAUCUGUGUGGUGUUGUGGCUGGCUGCCUUGUACGCCCUUGCGAAUUGCUGCUACAGCAGGGCAUGGAAACUGUGUGGAAUUCCUGAUUCGGAAAGGCGCAGAGAUCGACCUUGUUGAUGUAAAAGGACAAACAGCCUUGUAUGUAGCUGUGGUGAACGGGCACCUGGAGUGUGCUCGGAUACUUUUGGAAGCUGGUGCAGAUCCCAACGGGAGCCGUCACCACCGCAGCACCCCAGUGUAUCAUGCUGCCCGUGUGGGCAGGGCUGACAUCCUCAGAGAAUUGAUCCAGUAUGGAGCUGACGUUGAUGUGAACCCCCACUUGGCCUCUGGGAUCCCUAACCCAUCUUCCAGGCCGCUCACAUCCCUAGUGGUCUGCCCCUUGUAUAUCAGCGCUGCCUAUCAUAACCUGCCAUGCUUCAGGCUGCUUCUGCAAGCAGGAGCCAAUCCUGAUUUCAACUUCUGUGGCCCCGUGAACGUCCAGGGCUUCUCCAGGGGCUCAGCAGUGUGUGUGAUGGACGCAGUCUUGCGACAUGGCUGUGAUGCAGCCUUCGUUUGCCUCCUGAUUGACUUUGGAGCUAACCUGAAUCUUGUGAAGUGGGAGACUCUGGCUGAAGAAGCUACAGGAAGAAUCAGAGUGAACCCCGAAGCCAUGCGGCUUUUCAGAGAAGCCAAGAGCUGCCCUAGAAGCUUGAUGUCUUUGUGCCGGGUAGCAGUACGGAAGGUACUCGGGAAACACCGUCUGCAGCUGAUACAAACUCUUCCAGUCCCAGUUUCCAUCAAAAACUUUUUACUUCAUGAACAAUAAUGAUUUGUGCAACAUGUGUACAUAUUUUGUGCCACUGCAGUUUAGCUGUUCGGUCGGAAAAGGCUGAGAAUCAGAAGACUAGGCAUCAUAUAUGUCAACUGGAAGGAAAAUAUCUCUCAACAUGGUUCUGCUUUUCACACAGAAUGGACACUUGCCCAAAUGACAAAUUACUAGAUAUUGUCUGGCUUACCUAACAUAGCAAUGAUACUGCAACUUUUUGCUUAGCCACAAAGGGGCCCAGAGUGCCCUCUUGUGGCCCAAAAGGAUGAAACUUGGCCCCCAUUCAUUACAAUCGUCUGCUUAUGCAGCCACCAGGAUUCCUCGCUCUAAUCACUGCCUGACAAUCUAAAAACAUUUUCAGCUAGCUUGAUGUUUGCUGUGGAGAAAAAUGGGAAAGAGCAUUGUGAGUGAAAAACAUUUAAAACUUAUGGGAACUAAAUAAGUUUAGCAUGUGGGAUAUGUAGCCUCCGUUUCUGCAGGCUGAUUGGGUUGUGUGCACAGUAUAAAAUCUGUUUCAGGCUUAAGGGUUGCAUUUGGAUACUGCAGGACGAAAUCCAAGGAGGAGUCCAGCUGCCGGUAGCAGAAUCUACAGCACAGACCAUUGUGUUUUUGCUCCAGGGGCCCUUCUGGUGCCGUCUGUGUGGCGGCUACAGUUCCUCUCGCAGUCGGAAGGUUGCUGCUUUGGGGCAAGGGUGGUGAAUAUCCAGCAGUCAGUUGCAACUGUGGUAGACCCAUCAGAUCAAUGGAGAUUUGGUGAAUCAGCCCCUCUGUAAGUUCCACUGAUUCCAGUGGUCCUACUCUAACUGUGACUUAGUACUGGAUUUCAGCCCUCCUCAGCAUCUGUAGAGAGUUCCCAUACACUGUUGCCAUCUCAGGAUCCCCACAUGCCCCCUCCUGAUCUUCAUGCACUGGACACAGAGGUCUGCAGAGGGAUUCUAAAUGCACCCCCCUGAACUCACCAGGACUGUGUGGAACGCUUGGACGUCCAGGGUGGGGCAGAGCAGGCACCCGUGGGGGAUACAUGGGUGGCUCUGGUUGUGUGUUGCCAUAUGUAUCCCCCACGGCUGCCUGCUCUGCCCCACCCUCCCCCUCCCCAUCCUUUGAGCCUUGGCAAGUUGAAGCUGAGAAGCCUGCCUAGGGCUGUCGUAGGUUUAUUCCCUGUGCAGGGAACAAAACGGGUUGUGUCCUCCCAGCCGUUCAGUUCGCUAGCUGUGUGCCUCGUGCCACGACGGAUGCAUCCGGAUGCUUGCAUGCGUACUGACCCCUGGGAGACGUUCUUUGUGUCAGUGCCCUCCCUCCCCAAGGAGCCAUAUCCUCUCUAGGAGGUUAGACUCUGCCUGGUGUGCUGGCUUGAUCAAUCUUUGGUGGAGCUGGGGAUAUUUUAACAAAAUAAAGCUAUUGAAACAGCA